AUGGAAGACACCGCGACUACCCACGAGGCUGCACUACCAACUCGUCCACUAAUGGAGCUUCGCCUCAGCCUUGACGGCACACACACCGAGUACUCCGAGCACCUCAUCCAGGAGGCCAUAUCAGCGGGCAGGAUCUCGAAGACAUGGAUCGUGGAGACUGGACCAGUCGACUCGGACAUUGGCCCUCCAGUAGACAUCUACAAGAGCAGGUUCCAGCACGAGCUGUCCGAGUACGUGCGCCUCUACGACACAGAGGACGGCAACGCACGGUAUGUCUACUGGGGUGUGAUGUGGCAUGCCACUCGCUCGCGCUCCGGUCUCCCAGCACACCCUGCUGCAGUCGCGAUCUGGCGAGAGUUCAAGAGAAAGCAGGAGCACGCGAUGCAGGAGUACGAGCUUCAGGCACAGCGAGAAUCUCAUGCUAACGAGCAGGAUGCCGAUAACGACGAUGACCAAGAGGGUGAUGGUGGGAACGCCGCUCCGCCUCGCGCCGCACCUCCUCGCGCCACACCCCAACCAAGAUCAGCUCGGCCUUCAGUCGAUGGUCGCCGGGCUGCAUCAGAGCGCUGUGCGCGAUGCAUACUCUGGAAGAAGGGCUGCGAUCGCAAGCGCCCAUGUGGACGCUGCGUCGAUGCUGGUGUCGCAGACCAGUGUGGCGAUGGAGGUGCCGCAUCCUCAGGCCCUUCGAGUCGAGCACCAAGAGAUGAUGCUGCUCGAGAUGACCAAGAUGGAGGCGCUCCACCGAGCGACGGAGACGAUGAGGGUGACAAUGACAAUGACGACGACGACCAGCCACCCUCCACCGGCGUUCGACGCAGCAGUCGAGCAAGCGUACCCAAUCGCAAGUACGCCUCAGCAGCCAACACCCAAGACCAAGACUUUGAGGAUGAUGAGAACGCAGCACAGAGUAGUGAAGAGGAGGAGGAGCAGCAGCGGCCCCGCCGAGGGCAGGCGCAGCGUACGAUUUGGAGUCGCCAAAUCGCCCAGCAGCCACCUAGCACUGAGGUUAGUGACAUCAGUGACAACAUCACAGUCGCCAUGCCCCCAGCACGACAGUAUACCAAGCGUAGCGGGCUGCUGGACAACACGGAUGACGCAUUGCCGGCACCCAAUUUGCCAAAGCCGAAGCGUGGUAGGGUGAAGAAGAGCGUGGAGCCCAGGAUUCGCUACUCGAACUUCCCGAGAAGAGGCGAGCCCGGCUACAGAUCGCCAUCGCCGCCAACAAGGGGCGGUGCAGCGGGAGCGAUGGCUGCAUAG